UAUGAAUAACCUUAUGACCGAAUAAGAACCAAGUGGAAAUUCCUUUCUUCAACUCACUUCAAUUAUCAAAAGUGUAAAAUUUCCCUUUUAUUUCUUUCUUUUGCUACUCACAUGAAUCAGUGGAGUGGUUGUUAAAUCUUGAAUUGUACUUGAAAAUGUCUGCAAGAAAGAUGGAACAAAAAGAACAAUCGAAGAUGCUUCCAGAAGAGAUGAUAGUUGAGGUUUUCUUGAGGCUUCCUGCUAAAUCCGUUGGCCGAUUUCGUUGCGUCUCAAAUCGGUGGAAUUAUCUUCUAACCCAACCCCAAUUCGUCAAAACCCAUCUCAAUCUAACCAAACAACACCCAUCAAUAGAAGAACCAAUCAUCCUUUAUACCCCUGAUUCUGGCGCUCUCUAUUCUACCCAUUUGAACAAUGCCCACCACCUGUUCGACGAAAUGACUUGUUUUGCUACAAAACUCAAUUUUGAUGAUCGUCGCUUUUAUUUAACACAUUAUCUAGAUGGUUCUUGUGAUGGUUUGGUCUUGAUGAGGAAUGAUGAUCUAAAUAAAUUGUUGCUCAUUAAUCCAACAACAAGGGAGAUUAAGGAAUUGCCGAGCUUGGGUUAUGCUCGAGAUCCUAAAACUUCUAGCACUACUUAUGGACUUGGAUAUGAUUCAGUUAGUGAUGAUUAUAAGGUUGUUAUGAUUUCUAUGUGUGUUGAUGUUUAUUCUGUUAGAAAUGGUACUUGGAAGAGAGUUGAAAAUUCCCCAUAUGAUCAUAUGAUCGGUGAUUGUGAACCAGGAGUUUUCAUUGAUGGGAAUAUCCAUUGGAUAGCUAGUAAGGCUUCGGAUGACUCAUUUGUUAUUGCAACAUUUGAUUUAGGGAAAGAGAAGUUUCGCGAACUGCCAUUUCCGAGUUUGGUGGACAGUGAGAUAAAGUGUACCUGUAAUUAUUUUGAUGAUGAUGAGGAGGAAAUUGAACACUUAGCGUUUAGUAGACUGGUGACGCUUGAAGGGUGUCUUUGCGGGUUUCCUGAUAUCUUUGAUAGAUGUCAAUCACCUGUUGCUUGGAUGAUGAAGAAAUAUGGUUUCCAGGAAUCUUGGACUAAAAUGUUUCUCAUUCGUGUCUCUGAUUCAAUGUAUAGGCCAAUAUGUUUGUUUGGGAAGAAACAAGUUGUGCUGGUGAUGCGUGAGGAAACUACUAAUGAGAAAUUGACAAUCUACAAUUCAGAAGAUGAAACUGUAAAGGAUAUUGUAGUUGAUGGAAUUCCAGGUAAAUUUGUGGUUGGAGGGAGCUUCAUUGAGACCCUUGUCUCGCCUCAUUGCAAUAACGGAGUUGUGUGACAAGUUAGGCUUCAGUUACUAACUUACUGCUAAGGGGGAAAAUAUCAGCUAAGUAAUAUGUUGCAUACUUGUUGCUUAUUUUUGCUAAGUUUCAGAAACUUGUAGUAAUGUUUUGGAAUUUCCUUGCAUGUUUUUUUGUUUGGUUUAAUGUAGAACCUUGCCAUGAGAUUGUGAUACUACUCAAGUGCUGAUGAACUUGCUUUAGUAUUCUUCUUCA